CGCAAUUCACUUCAUUUUUCUUCUCAUUCUUCCCCCAUUUUCUCUCUUCACUUUCUCUUACUUUCCUUUAAACCUCCUCUGUUUCUUCCCUAAAUUCUCUGUUUUUACACCCAAAAAAAACUCAUCCAUUUAAUCAAAUUAAUAAUCAAAACAUAAAAUAAUGCCUAAUUUUUCCAAAAACUUCUCUUCUGUUUCACUUUCUCAUCUCUUCUCUAAUUUAGUUUCCCUCGAUCGUCGUCAAGGGCGAAAAAUUGAAGAUGAUUGGGAAUACAUCAAAAUUCUCGAUCGUGAACUCAGCUCCGGCGAUGAAAGUGAUGAUAACUCCGUCAUUGGGGUAGGAUCCAAGAUGGGUGAUCAAGAAAAUUCCCAAAUUCAUGCGAAAUAUAAGAUUAAAUGCACAAUAAUGAGCAAGGCAGAAAUUCGUCGAUGCCUGGAAGAUAGAAUAACAACAGUCUCUACUGUCCUUUUAUUGCCAAGAAAUGAAGCUGCUAUUCUUCUGCAACAUUUUAAAUGGGAUGUCAAUCGAGCCACUGAAGAAUGGUUUGCGUGUGAAAAGAAGGUGCGCGAGGCAGUUGGUCUAUUCGUGAGUCCUGUUAUCGAAACCCCAACUGAUGCAGUUGUAAUUGCUUGCAGAUUAUGUCGUGCAGAAUUUCCAAGAGAUUUGGUGUUUUCUGUUUCCUGUGGUCAUCAAAUAUGUCGUUCUUGCUGGGAAGGCUACAUUAGAGAUACAACUAUUGAUGAUCCUCGAUGUUUCAAAUUGCGUUGCCCUGAAUUAUCUUGCGAUGCUGCUGUGGGUCUUCCCUUGAUAGAAUUUCUAUCACCUGAGGAUGUUAAAAUCAAAUUUGAAAAACAUGCUCUUGAUUCUUACCUCGCUGGCAUCCGUGAGGCAAAAUGGUGUCCUUCUCCUGAUUGUGAUUCUGCUGUAUUCUCUUCUUAUGCUGAAGAAGGAAUGGCUACUUGUCGGUGUUUACAUAGUUUUUGCUGGAAAUGCUCUCGGGAAGCUCAUGCACCUGUUGAUUGUGACACUGCAACUGAAUGGAUGUCUGAGGGCUCUCGUCAGUCUGAGAUUUGGGUGUUAGAAAAUACAGUGGCAUGUCCGAAAUGCAAUUCCUCCUAUGAGAAAACAUAUUACUCUACAUAUGUUUUCUGUGCUGUCUGCAAGCAUGGAUUUUGCGGUUUUUGUGGUGGAGAAUGGUCUGAUGGUAAACAUGAAGGUCAAAACAUUUGGGACAAUCGAUGUCAUUCCAAUGGAGAUAAUGAUGCUAUAAGCCACCUUAAGAAAUCCCUCGAGAGAUACUAUCUUCAUUAUGAAGGAUGGACUACCUGUGAAUCGUCUAGGGCAAAUGCGCUAUCAGACCUGAAGGUGUUUCAAGACUUACAGCAUGACAUUCUGUGCUUCAAUUAUAGCCUCUCUUCAAAAGAGGUCAACUUUAUUGUUGAAGCACUAGGACAGGUUGUUGAAUGUUGGCAACUUUUGAAAUGGACAUACGUGUAUGGAUAUUAUUUGCCUGAUAAUGAGCACGCCAAGAAGCAAUUCCAUGAGUUCAUGCAAAAAGAAGCAAUAUACUUUGCUAAUCGACUUCAUAGCCAUGUUGAGGAGGAACUUGAGGCUCUCCUGCACGGAGAUGUUUUCGUUGGAAAGUAUUUGGGAUUCCGGAGCAAAACCAUUAAGUUGACCAGGGUGAUAAGAAACUACUUUAAUCUACUGGCGGAGGGUUUAAUGGAUGGACUGUCAGAAGUAGGAAGUAUGCCAGAGUUUAGCCCAAGGAUGAAGAUGUCACACGAUCUAGGAAUAAGCAGCAGCUGCCAAACAAGUCCAAAUGCAAGCGAGAGGUCAAUCCCAAGGCUGAAGUUGUCACGAGCUCGAGGGACAUACAGCUUCGGCCAGAUUAGUCCAACUGCAAGUCCGAGCUCCAAAAUGAUGAAAGUGGAAGGUGACACUGACAUCAGCAGCCCAGCUAGCAGCGUAAAGUCUGAUGAUUCUUGGGUUAUACCGGAACCUGAACUUCAAUCUUUAUCCUUGUCUGAUUGUAAUUCUUAAGCCACGCUUAGUCCAACAAACUUCAAGAUGUUCCAAACAUCUUCAGUAGAAAAAACAGUUAGAAGCACUAGUUGAUCAUAUUUGUUUGGUUUCCUAGUCUUCCUUUUGACAAGUCUUUUAGAGAUUUAGACUCAUAUAUUGGCUAUGGUUCGGUUGUACAGCACUCAAUCCUUAAGCUUUCGCUUAUGUGGUAAUCAGGAAUUUGAUUUUGCAGUCUUGAAUAUCAAGAUACAGAUAUAUGAAAUGUAAAUUUGACACAAGUUUUUUUUCCUACCAUAAAACUUAUCCGGAUUGAAAGUAGUCCUAAAAUUGA